GAAGUUAAGCUGGGAAGAACACAUUUUUACACCUGAAAGAAUUCUUUGCUCAAAACCUCUUUUGGACGUGGCGAGUCUCCUAAAGGAUGGGAUAAUUUGUGCUACAGAAGCUUCACUUUCCUGAGUCCACUCCAGGCAUUUAAAAUUUAACUGAUAUGUUUGGCAUGAUGAGGGCCACAGAGAACUUGGAUAAGACUAGUGCCACCAUAAACCAUAACACGACCCCUGAAGGAAGAUACGUUUAUCUGGAAGCAUUCCUGCAGGGAGGAGCUCCCUGGGGUUUUACUUUGAAAGGUGGUCUGGAGCACGGAGAGCCAUUAAUCAUCUCUAAGAUCGAAGAAGGGGGCAAAGCAGACUUGGUGAGCACCAAACUGCGGGCAGGGGACGAGGUUGUGCACAUCAAUGAGGUUGCACUGAGCAGCUCCAGAAGGGAGGCCGUGUCCCUGGUGAAAGGAUCCUACAAGACCCUCAGGCUGGUGGUACGCAGAGAUGUGUGUGCAGAUACUGGCACCUCUGAUUCCAGCCCAGAGCCCCUCAUCUCUGACCCCCAGCACAGGAAAGCAGCAUGGCCAGGAGUUAAGCUUCGGCUGAAGUACAGACGCAGUGACCCUACAGGCCGACCUCACUCUUGGCAUUCAACCAAAUUUGGGGAGAACCAACCUGAUGCCAGCAUGAUGCAAAUAUCUCAGGGCACAAUUGGCACUCCCUGGCCCCAGAGCUACCAUUCCAGCUCCUCUACAAGUGACCUCUCCAACUAUGACCAUGCUUAUCUGAGGCGGAGCCCUGACCAGUGUAGUUCCCAGGGGAGCAUGGAGAGCCUGGAGCCCAGUGGGGGAUACCCACCCUGCCAUCUGCUUUCCCCUGCCAAGUCUACCAGCAGCAUCGACCAGCUCAGCCACCUCCAUAACAAGAGAGACUCAGCUUACAGCUCCUUCUCCACCAGCUCUAGCAUUGUAGAGUAUCCACCCCCUGGCAUCUCCAGCCGGGAGCAUUCAGGCUCCAUGGACGCCCCUUCUGCUCGAGGUAGCCUCCUAGAAGGGAUGAGGCAGGCAGACAUUCGCUAUGUCAAGACAGUCUAUGACCCCCGGAGGGGAGUCUCAGCAGAAUAUGAAGUGAACUCUUCAGCCCUGCUUCUCCAAGGUAGGGAGGCGCAGGCAUCAGCAGAUGGCGAAGGCUAUGACAAAUGGCAUAAUUUUCCCCGGGGUAAGGGAGCACCACCCCCACCCUGCAACCAGCAGUGCCCCAGUUCCUUGGAAACAGCCACUGACAACCUGCCUCCUAAAGUGGGCGCACCCCUGCCCCCAGCUCGGAGUGACAGUUAUGCAGCCUUUCGGCACCGAGAACGACCAAGCUCUUGGUCUAGCCUUGAUCAGAAACGGUACUGCCGGCCUCAGGUAAACUCUUCAGGCUCCCUGAAAUCUUCCUUCGUGGAGGAACAGCUACAUACAGUACUCGAGAAGAGUCCAGAGAAUAGCCCUCCAGUGAAGCCCAAACAUAAUUAUACCCAGAAGGCCCAACCUGGCCAACCUCUGCUGCCAACUGGAAUCUACCCAGUACCUUCUCUGGAGCCACACUUUGCCCAGGUACCCCAGUCCUCCGUGAAUAGUAAUGGUACACUCUAUCCUGCUCUGGCCAAGGAGAGUGGAUAUACAGCCCCUCAGGGAGCUUUCGACAAGAUGGCUAGCCUGGAUGAGAAUGGGAACCAAAAUGGAUCUAGCAGAUCUGGGUUUGCCUUCUACCAGCCAUUAGAACAUGACCCAGUGUCUCCAGUAGAGAGAAAACUUGAAACUUCAGCCAAGUGUGCCCCCUACAAAGUUAAUUUCCCUUCAGUGUCCGAAAGUGAAGAAGAUACCACCUUGAAGAGACAUCUCAUACCCCUCCAAGGCAGCAGCCUGCAUCCCACUGAAAGAAAGAGCACCCACAGCAACAAACCAUAUUCUAAUCACCACGGCCUCAGUUCUCCUCAGGCACAGGCUUGGCAAGAGGGUGAAGAGAAGAGACCUUCCAGACCCUCAGAACCUUGGGAGGGUGAUUUCCAGGAAGACCACAAUGCCAACCUCCGGCAGAGGCUGGAGAGAGAAGACUUAGGCCAGAGCCAGUCAAGCAACUUUGGCAGGACCAAGUCCACCUUCUUCUCUCUCCAGAACAUUCCUGAGAGCCUAAGAAGGCAGAGCUGCCUGGGGCCAGGAGAGGGAGCCCAGGAGAGCUACACGGAGGGCCCGCCCACCUGUGCAGUCAGUUUGAAGGGAGAGGAAGCUGGAAGGAAAGUUGUGCCUAAUCACAGGAGUCAUCUGGACAGGCUGGUUUCCUACCCAAGGCCUGAGGGGAGAGCCAGUGCCUUGGCCUCUUUCCAGAGUUCAGAUACAAGAUUUGAAGAGCCACAUUCCCCACCCCACCAGCAGACAUCUAGUCUGGGCCGAAGGAGACUCAGCUCAGGCGGGACCUCGGUUCUACAGGGCUUUCAAUACGGGAAGCCCCACUGCUCUGUGCUGGAGAAGGUGUCCAAGAUUGAACAGCGAGAACAAGGGAGCCAGAGACCCCCAAAUGUGGGCAGCUCCAACUUCGGUCAUCACUACAGGCCCAACAGGACACUCCCAACUUCUACUUCUGGAAAUGACUUUGAGGAGACAAAAGCCAAUAUCCAUUUUUCCGAAUCCACUGAAACUGUAGGCAGUGGGGAGCAGCACUUCAAAAAUGGUGAGCCAAAUUUGGAAGAGGUUUCCUGGCAGCCAUGUGGUCAGCUGAAGAGAGAAGUGGAGGGAGGCCGAGGCCCCACUCUCCAAGGCAGUGAGCCCCAGAGGCAGGUCGCUCGCCUGCUCCGCAGCCAGAGCACCUUUCAGCUCUUCAGCCAGGGGGAGAGGGAGGCCCUGUGGCAGGACGACAGGCUCUGCAUGCCCGAGUCACCAGUGCAGGAAGCUCCCUUCAGCCGCGCCUACCGGAACAGCAUUAAGGACGCGCAGUCCCGCGUCCUGGGGGCCACCUCCUUUCGACGCCGGGACCUGGAACCUGGAGUAUCCUCGGCUUCCAAGCCCUGGCGGCCACGGCCCGCCUCAGCCCAUGUGGGGCUGCGGAGCCUGGAGGCACCGGCCUCUGCCUCCCCGCACACGCCCCGCGAGCGCCACAGUGUGACUCCAGCCGAGGCGGACCCCGGAGGCCGGCCAGUGCUUUCCACUGCCCGGAAGGGGCCGCGCCGGCGUCUGACCCCAGAGCAGAAGAAACGCUCCUACUCGGAGCCGGAGAAGAUGAAUGAGGUGGGCGUCUCCGAGGAGGCCGAGCUGGCCCCUGUAGGCUCGCAGAGGAAGGGGCUGCGUUUCCUGGAGAAUACAGUGGCCGACCGGCGACGCAUCUUCGAACACGAAGGCAAGGCCUCCUCUACACUCAGCCUGUCUGGGCCAGAGCUGAAGCAGUUCCAGCAGAGUGCCCUGGCCGACUACAUUCAGCGCAAGACCGGCAAGCGGCCUUCUGCCUCAGGCUGUAGCCUCCAGGAGCUGGGGCCCCUGCGUGAGCGCGCCCAGAGCACCUACUUCCAGCCUGGCCCUAUGGUGACGGAGGGCCCUGGCCUCGCCCCUGCCUCCAGCCUCUGCUCACUGAGGGAGCCCAGCCUGCAGACCCGCAGGGAGGCUCCCCUAGUGGUGGCCGCAAUGGAAUGGGGGGAUCUCCUGCAGACCCCCCGAGAUCGCAGCAGCUCUUUUGCUGGUGGUCGUCUAGGGGAAUGGCGACGAGGGGACCAAGCCCCGAGGGAGCUGCACAGUAGAGCUAACUAUGGUGGACCAAAAGGCACCCAGAGGGUGGACAGGACCCCUGUGGAGCCUUCCUCAUGGGGGGCUGCAGAUGGGAAGUCCAUGAAGUCCAUGUCUGCAGAGGACCUGUUGGAGCGCUCAGACGUCUUGGCUGCCCCUGUCCAUGUCAGGUCACGGUCAUCUCCUAUUGUGGACAAGAAACGCCAGGAUGUGCUUUUAGGGGAAGACAAUGGCUUUGGUUUUCUGAAGGAUCCAUGUUGUUUGGCUGACCCCGGAUCUAGGUCAUUCAGUUGUUCAGAAAGAGGCCGAGAAGAAACGCCUUUGCUCAAGCACCAUCCCAGCCCUCGCUAUUGCUCAAGCACCAUGCCAGCCCUCGGUGGUUUAGGCUGCAAAGCAGCUGGUGGUUCCUCAGUUCACCCCGAAUGUCCUGGACCCCUGGACCAUCAGAGGGAAGCCAGCAAAACACCUUGCCCCCGGCCCCUGCCCACAGGAAUGCAAGGGCAGCUCACAGACACCAGGGCUAUACCACUAACCCCACUCAGCCCAGCUCUGCCUGCCCCUGUUCCCUCUGGCUACUGCUUAGCAGCUGCUGCCAAUCCACCAACUGGAAGGGAUGGUGAAGUGAGGCAACAACCUAUUCUGUCCCCCACCCCUGCAGUAACCCACAGAAGCAAUAGUCACAGCCUGGCCCAACCUCCCAGCCCAAGAGGUCCUGAGCCCAACAGCCCAGACCAUGGCAUAGAAGAAGCAAGGAGGAGGUUCUCCCUGCCUCAGCGGCCUCCACCCACUCGGGUGAAGUGGGCCCACACUGUCAGAGAGGAUAGCCUCCCCGAGGAAUCCCCAGCGCCUGCGUUUGCAAACCAGAAGCACUCUAUGAAACAGCAGUAUCUUCCAAGUUCAAGCAGCACUUCCGAGCCAGAGACACCUAUUGGGGCCUUGAGCACACCAGGAAGGAUCUCUCUCCGAAUAUCUGAAUCGGUCCUGCAGGCCUCCCCACCACCCAGGGAAGACUAUGAUGAUGAGGUGUUUCUGAAGGACUUGCACCCAAAUGCCACUUCCAGCCCCACAUUUGAAGCUCUUCCCCCACCCCCACCUCCACCGAGCCAGGAAACUCUGGUGAAUACUGUGGAUGACUUUCCUCCACCUCCUCCCCAAGCUUUGUAUGAGGCCCAGCUGGACAGCGAGGAUUACAGGGGGCCCCAGAUCAGCUCCAGCAAAUCUGCCAAUGUGACAGUUGCCAAGGAAAAGCCCAUGGCUGAUGCAGCCCACUUGGAUGGUGCUCAGAUACUGGCCUCCAGAUCCCAAACUUCUGUAAGGGGCCCAGAGUUCAGAGAGACCAACCCAUCUUCCACCACAGAUGCUGCGCCUCAGCUUGCAGGGUCUCUUGUCAAGGAGCCAACCCCAGGGAAGUCACUUCCCAUCCAGACUCCAAGCCUGGGCCAUGAUCCACUCAAUGGGACUCAGGGUUUAGAAAAGAAUGCCAGCUUGGGUUCUCAGAAAACCUCGGAAGACAAAAGAACAGAGACUCUGGCCAAGGAAAUUGUCCACCAAGACAAAUCUCUGGCAAAUAUUUUGGAUCCAGACUCCAGAAGGAAGACAACCAUGGACCUGAUGGAAGGUUUGUUUCCCCGAGAUGUUAACUUGCAGAAGGAAAGCAGCAUAAAGAGGAAGGUCGUUCAGAGACCUGUGGACUGCCCAGGGUAUGAAGGCAAGAGGAGUGAAGACAAGGAAACACUGGGCAUGUUGGUCAACUGCCCGGCCUACUACAGCGUGUCUGCCCCCAAGGCUGAGCUUCUGAACAAAAUCAAAGAGAUGCCGGAAGUGGCAAAUGAGGAAGAGGAGCAGGCAGAUGUCAAUGAAAAGAAGGCCGAGCUCAUUGGAAGCCUCACCCACAAACUUGAGGCCCUUCAGGAAGCAAAGGGAAGCCUGUUGAUGGACAUCAAGCUCAAUAAUGCCUUGGGAGAAGAGGUGGAGGCUUUGAUCAGUGAGCGGUGCAAACCCAACGAGUUUGACAAGUACAAGAUGUUCAUUGGUGACUUAGACAAGGUGGUCAACUUGCUGCUCUCCCUCUCAGGGCGCCUGGCCCGUGUGGAGAAUGUCCUCAGCAGCCUUGGUGAAGAUGCCAGUAAUGAAGAAAGGAGCUCUCUCAAUGAGAAGAAGAAGGUCCUGGCAGGGCAGCACGAGGACGCCCGGGAACUCAAGGAGAACCUGGAUCGGAGAGAACGGGUCGUAUUGGACAUCCUGGCCAAUUACCUCUCCGAGGAGCAACUCCAGGAUUACCAGCACUUUGUGAAAAUGAAGUCAACGCUUCUCAUCGAGCAGCGAAAGCUAGAUGACAAGAUCAAACUGGGCCAGGAGCAGGUCAAGUGCCUGCUGGAGAGCCUGCCCUUGGAUUUCAUUCCCAAGGCCAGGGCCCUGGCUCUGCCCCCAAACCUCCAGAGUGAAAUGACCCCCGCCAGAGAAUACACUUUCAGCUGUGUUUUUCCAACAUUAACCUCUCCACUCUAACCUCUCGUAAAAUACCCAACCAAAAGAUCGCCCUUUCUCGCAACACUAUUUAAUCUGGGAAAAAGGUUUCACUACAAACCACCAUUUAAACUGUAUAGGUUAUUGGUUUUUUCUGGCUAAAAGGAAAAAAUUCUGUCCAGGAAAAAGCCCCUUCUGUCCUUCUCCCCUUCUUGAUUAUCUUCUGAGAGCGUGAAUGCUGCUGAGGACGUACCCCUUUCUAUUAUUACUUUGUAGUAGAAAGAAAAUUAAUGAAACUGUGACAACUGAUCAGAGGGUGUUUGAUUGAUGGUUUUAUUAGUUUUUAACUGGCAAAGGCCACGCAGAUCAGUGCGUGUAGUCACCCUCAAGAAUGUAACCACUGGGGCCUCCUAGCUUGUGGGUAGAGCACCUGGCGACAGGCACAAGCGCUCAUUAAUGAAGGGUCUGCAACAUAAAGCCUUAAAAAGAAACAGAAAAUUGUACAACCCUGAACAUUGUUAUUUAUAUUUUUGAAAAUGAAAAAGAUCAUUGUGUGUGUGCUAACCAUUUAUUUGAUUGUUUUGUGGUGGACAUAGACAGUUAUGUUUGAACUUUGUAUUUUGUGAAAGCCUAAUGAAAUGAAGAAGUCCAAAGAUAGUCAUGCUAAGUGUGGAGACUUGUUUUUCCUUCAAUUCUCAACUUGUCUUUCACAUACAGGAGUAGCCGUCUGUACCUCGUUAGCCUGAGUAUGGGGUGUGGGGCCCGGGGCAAAACCAGCUCCAUGGCUGCCAGCCUCACCAUUGCACUCCUGCCACAGGCAGGUACAUGACACCUUCCCAGGGGGAAGGCUUCAUGCAGCAUCAUUUCCCAGUGCCAUUCUCACUGGUGGGCAGAUGAAGCUGAGGUUUACUAACAAGGAGGACCAUAAGCCAAUUCCAAAGUAAACUCCUGCUUUCAUGCUAUCCUCCAGUAUAGGCUAUGAACUAAAUACAGUGUAUUUAGUGAGAUAUAUUACCAGGCUGUUUUAAUGAUAUGAUGCCUUUUCUCCUAAAAUAUCAAACUUGUUGGCCACUUUUAUUAAAACUCCCUCCUUAAUAUCUGAAGACUGAUUUGCCAUUCUCAUGCUUCAACGGUACCAUCUCGGAGGGGACUCGACCCAAACUGUCAGGUUUUUUUGUUUUUUAAAGACCCACGUAUUUAUGCAUAGAAGAGCUGGGGUACAGGCCAGAGAUGCGAAGGUGAGUGGGGUGUGAGAGGAUUCACCAGUGACAGAGUGGGGAACAGAACAGGCAGACUGACUGAAACACACUGCUGAGGGGAGCAGUGGGCGAGACAGGAGAGGUCUGCUUAGCCAUGUGGGUUGCUACCUGCCUGGCCGGGGAUCGAACUCGUGCUGCAGAGGCUGCGGGUUGCUUCACAGUGUGGUGCUUAACCCCUUGUGCCACCAGGGAGGCCCCCACCCUGUCAGUUUUAAAACAGACUGAAACCACAGGAGGAGGCUACAGGCCAGUGGCUAGGCUAUGUUGAUAGCUAUCGGGGAGGAAAACAGCCAAAUACUCUGACCUGGUGGUACAUACACCCCAGGCCGUGCUCUCCUUGGGUGGGUGUUCUCACACGUGGUCUGUGACUUGUGGCCGCCUCUUCUGAUCCGGACUUGCAAGUACCAUCAGAGAGAAUCGGGAGAUGACAAUAUGUAGGGAGGUACCAAAAGCCCUUUUCUCUCUUAGUAUAUUGUAAUGAAUUUUAUCUGCUGGCUAGGAAUGUCAACACUACAGUUUUGAACUUAAUACAGAUUGUCUUAACUUAGAAGCCACAGGUCACCCAGAACUUUCUUGAGAGCAGUCAACCAAAGUCUUUGGAGAUUACACGCUGAUGCCACUGACUGAGGAAGACAGCAUCUUGGUGUCCCAGGAAUGUUUUAAAAGCUUCUCUUAUAUCCAGAGGUCCCAUCUCCCAGAGAAUCAGUGGAGUCAGUGCCAACAUUCAACAGUCACGUGGCAUGGUCAUUUAGGAGGAAAAAACAAUCCACUGCUUGCUAGUUCUUAGGCCAACACAGGAGCCUGGAAUCAACUCUAAUCGGUAUUAACUGUGUUGCUGAUACUGAGUAGUUCCUUAUACUCAGAUUAGGUCAAACAGCCAACAAAUGUCUUCAGCUGUUGUGAAUGAACCUCUCAGAGGGAUUCAUUCUAUGGCUCCAAAUUCCCCACACUUCUAGAUUCUUCCUAGGCAUUUGGGAAACAUUCUGCAUAUGCAUUGUUUUCCAAUGAUUUCUAAUUUAUGCAUGUGUAAGUUAAGUGACACCACCCUAACAUUAGAGUUGCAGGCAUGCCACAAGCACCUGGAAGCUCUGAAGAUAACAUCCCUUCCUUUGCUGCCAUGAACUGUUCUGUUGCUAAGUGGAAUGAGUAAGCAGCAAGUAUGACUUUAAAAUCUAAUUUUUUAGAUGGAUAUGAAAUUUAUAGUAAUAGGACUUGACCUCUGUGCAAUGAAGAGAAAAAAAACCACUAAAUUAAUUUUCAAUGUUUAUUUUUCAAUGCCUUUAGAAAGGCCUAUUAUUUAUCCCUUUCUAUUUUACAUUCUCCUCCCACUAUUAAAUCAUUUACAGUAGAACUGAACUCUGUUCCCUCCCAACACUAUGCUCAGCCAAGAUCAUGAACAUGUUAGUCAAGAGUUCAGGACACCCAUGACAUCAUCAAGAAUGUCUGUUGACAAUAACUGUCCCUUGAGGAGUGAUUAUUUCAGAAAAACCAUGCUCCCUCAAAAGUCAGGUGGGAUGGCCUUGUAAUAAUUCAGAUGCUGAGACUGAAGAAACCUGUUCAGGUGCAAGAAAGGACGAUGACCUGCAACACACUUCCUGGGUCACCUGAGAAGUUCCUGGCAUGUUUUGACCUGCUGAUUGACUCAGCUUUUCCUCAGGCCGUUUUGUUUCUUGUGGUGGCAACUACACCCCAAAGAAUGCAGGGAGAACUCACAGUGGAAAUAUGAGUUUCUCUAAGUGGCACUGUCGAAACCAACCCUUUUUUUCCAUUGCCCGAGGGGAACAUACUAGGUUUUCUUUUGCACAACUGGUUUCCAAACUUGAAGAUUAGCAAGCUUAGGUCAAACCCUAAGAAUCGGUGCCUACUGAGGUGAGGAGUGAGGGCUUUACUGAGGUCCUUUAGGGCAUUUAAAACAGAAACUAUCCUGGAGGCAUUCCAGUUUUCCUAUAUUCUAGUGUUAAUAUUGGAUCUAAAAUCGC